AUCUCACAUUCCCACUUCAAACCCAACCCAAAUAUUCAGGGAGAGAAAAUAUAAAAAUAAAAAUAAAAAAUAAAAUGGGUUCAGUAUCCGAAACCGUGUGCGUUACAGGAGCUGCUGGUUUCAUCGGUUCAUGGCUUGUCAUGAGACUCCUCGAGCGUGGCUACACCGUUCGAGCCACCGUCCGCGACCCAGCUAACAUGAAGAAGGUGAAGCAUUUGCUCGAUCUGCCACAAGCAAAGACACACCUAUCUCUAUGGAAGGCUGAUCUUGCUCAUGAGGGAAGCUUCGAUGCAGCCAUUAAAGGCUGCACUGGAGUUUUCCACGUCGCCACACCAAUGGAUUUUGAGUCCAAGGACCCUGAGAACGAAGUGAUAAAGCCUACAAUAAACGGAGUACUAGACAUCAUGAAAGCGUGCUUGAAGGCAAAAAGUGUGCGAAGGUUAGUAUUCACGUCUUCAGCUGGAAGCCUCAACGUUGUUGAGCACCCAAAGCCAUUGUAUGACGAGACUUGUUGGAGUGACGUUGAGUUUUGCAAGAGAGCUAAGAUGACUGGUUGGAUGUAUUUCGUGUCUAAAACCAUGGCGGAGAAAGAAGCAUGGAAAUUUGCCAAAGAACAUGGCUUGGACUUCAUCACUGUCAUUCCACCUCUUGUGGUUGGCCCCUUUCUCAUGCCAACAAUGCCACCGAGCCUUAUCACUGCUCUUUCGCCUAUAACUGGAAACGAGGGCCAUUAUUCGAUCAUAAAGCAAGGUCAAUUCGUGCACUUAGAUGAUCUGUGUCUUGCUCACAUAUUUCUGUUUGAACAGCCAAAAGUUGAAGGGAGGUACAUAUGCAGUGCAUGUGACACUACUAUUCAUGAGAUUGCCAAAUUACUUAAUGAAAAAUACCCAGAAUACAAUGUCCCCACCAAGUUCAAGAAUAUUCCAGAAGAAUUGGAGCUUGUGAGAUUUUCUUCGAAGAAGAUCACGGACUUGGGAUUCAAAUUCAAAUAUAGCUUAGAGGAUAUGUACAUCGGAGCAGUUGAGUCAUGCAGAGAGAAAGGGCUUCUUCCUAAACCUGCAGAAGCUCCACUCAUCAGUGGCUUCGUUGAGAAGAAAACAGAAACUUCAGUGAAUGGCGUCAUUCACAAAUAAAUGUCUUUGUAAUUGUGCCUGUUUCUUCAUUAAUUAAUAUCUCCGUUUUUAUUCCGCGACAAGGCUUAUAGAGAUUAAACAACUCCGUAAGAUUACGUCGCCUGCUUCUCAUGAAUUUAUGCAACAUUAUGUGUAUCAAUUAUAUAUGCAUGUAAGGUUUAAAUAUGUCAUAAGUUAAUGCAAUUAUUGUGUUUUAUUCGUGCCAUAA